UCAAGUAUGGACACCGGAAUAUCUAGUUCAAUUAAAGACGCCAUUUCGCAUGAAGUGAAGAAUGCCGUUACUAACCUUCAACAAGACAUAUUGAAUAGCAUUUCUUCUAUCAUGGAUUCCAGAUUAUCGUCUUUCCAAUCCAACAUAAGACAAUCUCAACAGGACAUUUCACAGUCUCAAAUGUACAAAAUCGAGCAGACCGUUACCGACAAUUACUCAUUCAAGAGAAAAGGCAAUGAGAACCAGUUUAAACAUGAAUGCAGGGUACUUUCCAAGCUGAAAGAAGCAGACGUGAACUUAGAAGGGCCAGAUUUGAGCGUCGAUUCCGUACAAACAGCUAAAGCAAAGAUAGUAGAAGGUAUGGAAUUAGUUAAAGAAAGACAAAAACUGAUUAAAAUGGCAGAUUUCUCGGAACUGGGUUGGAAGGUUGUGAGUGAAUAUGUGACAAAUCCUAUCGCCGACAAUUCGGAAGAUGAGAAGAAAAUAAUCAGGGCACAAAACAGAGCAGAAAGAAAACAGAAAGCAGAGAAAUCUAAGAAAAUUGUCCCAAGAAAAGCACCAUACACAAGAGAGAAGACAGAGAAUACCAACCCUUCUUGGAAACCUGGCAGGUGCUUCAACUGUGGAUUGAGAGGCCAUUGGACGGACAAUUGUCCGGAUAAGAAGAAGAUAAGUACUUUUAAAACUUUAUUUAAUUUGCCAAUCUUGACUAAUAGUAUUUGUUCAAAUUUAAAUGAUACUGAACAUAGUUCAAUAGAAACUGAUGGUCACAUGACAGUUUAUUGCAAUAAUAAGGUCAGUUUUAAAUCGCCGUUAAAUGUCACGGUUGGUCAGCCUUCAGGUAUUUUCUCACCUGUUGGUCAGUUAAAAUCUAAAUUACCUGAAUGGAAAUCAAUUACAAGCAAUACACAUAUUUUGGAUGUUAUCGAAAACGGAUACAAGAUACCUUUCAAGACAGAACCAAAAUCAGAAUUGUUGAAGAAUAACAGAUCUUCACUUGAUAAUCCAAAAUUUGUUAAAGAUGAAAUAAGAAAAUUAAUAGAGAAAAAAUGUAUUUCAGAAGUAAAAGAAAGACCGUUUGUUGUAAACACUCUUACAGUUGCUUACAAUAAGAACAAACCUAGGCUGGUUUUAGAUUGUCGGCAUUUGAACCCACAUCUAUUUAAAUUUAGAUUUAAGUACGAAGAUACAGAAAACGCACGAGACCUUUUUAAAAAGGGUGAUUUUCUAUUUAGCUAUGAUUUGAAAUCGGCAUAUCACCAUAUUGAGAUCACAGAAAUACACAGGUCUUUUCUUGGUUUUGCAUUUGUUUUCGACGGCAUUAUGCGUUAUUUUGUGUUUAAUGUAUUGCCAUUUGGUAUUGCAACAGCCGGGUAUAUAUUUACCAAAGUGCUAAGAGAAGUGGUCAAACACAUGAGGGCAGAAGGUAAACGUGUCAUCAUGUUUUUAGAUGACGGUCUCGGAGGGGACAAUGAUUUUGAAAAUUGUAUGAAUAGUAGUUUUGAAGUUAAGAAUACACUCGAAAGAUUAGGAUUUUUAAUAGCUCAUGAAAAAUGUCAUUGGUUACCUAGUCAGAGUAUGGAUUGGUUAGGUUACACAUGGGAUACCAUAAUAGGUAGAGUUUUUAUUAAGGAAGAAAGGAUUGAGAAAGCCGAAAAUAGUAUUCGCAUAUUAUGCAGAGAAGCUACAAACGGUAGAUUGUUAUUCAGUGCUAGAUUUUUAGCCAGUAUUUUGGGUCAAAUCAUUUCCAUGAUGAUUGUUAUUGGUGACAAGGUGAGAUUGCACACCAGAUACUUGUAUGAUUGUAUCAUGGGACGAGCAAGUUGGGAUGCUCCUGUAAAGAUGAACCCAGAUGCUCUUACAGAAAUUUUAUUCUGGGAAAGCUCGCUCAGAAAAUUAAAUGAGCAGGGUGUUGACAUUUGCAGAGUUGAUCAUGAUUUUGUGUCAGAUUUUGACAUUUUUUGAGACGCCUCAGAUGUAGGCUUCGGUGGUUAUUUAUCCACUCAGUUUAGCGUUGUUACUUGUGUUGACAACAGUGAAAUGUCAGGUAA